AUGGAAGGGGGAUUCAAUAGAAAACUGCUGGUACUUUCUCUGUUUCCAGCUCUGUUCCAUUACCUUUGCUCUUCUACAGAUAUGUGCACAAAUACCAUCUUACCUGGAUCGAAAGGAGACCAAGGGGAGGUUGGACAAGAGGGAGAUCAGGGGAGAUUGGGCAAGUCUGGACCCCCAGGACCUCCAGGAGCCCCAGGAGAGAUUGGAUUUAAAGGUGAGGUGGGCCACACAGGGAAGAUGGGGCCCACUGGCGACACAGGUGAAAAAGGUGAUUCAGGCUUGGCUGGACCUACUGGAUUAAAAGGGAAAGCAGGCACCACAUGUGACUGCAGCAGGUACAGGAAGGUGGUUGGAGAGCUGGACGUCAACGUAGGCAAGCUGAAGAACACUGUGAAAUUCGUAAAGAAUGUGAUCCUAGGAUUGAGGGAGACAGAGGAGCGGUACUACCUGUUGGUGAAGGAACCAAGGAGGUUCAGAGAGGCUCUGAUGAACUGUAAGCUGAGAGGAGGCAACCUGGCCAUGCCCAAGACCAGAGGAACCAACCGUCUCAUAGCAGACUACAUCAGCCAUGCUGGGCUUACUAGAGUUUACAUUGGUUUGCAGGCCCAGGGCAAAGACAUGGAUGGAGCAAGGGGCUAUGUGUAUGCAGACUCCACGCUGCUGCAUGGUUUUGCAGCUUGGAGUCACGGGGAGGAGAUAAUCCCUAGCACAUCUCCUCCAACCAACUCUAGCUGCGUAGAGCUGCUCAGCACAGGGACCUGGGGACACACCGAGUGUGAUGUGACAAUGUUUUACAUCUGCGAGUUCCCCAAAAGCAGACGAAGAGGAGGAGGAGGAGAAAGGGGAAGAGCAGUGCCUGUCUUGACAUGAUCAUGGCUGAUAUGGUAGUACGUAAGGGUACAUGUGGGUAUCCAUCAUUUCAUGUGACUAGAGUGACAAACAAGUGUGGCAAGUAGCAUAAGGCCAUAUAACCAGGAUAUAACGUCAGUAGAAGAUAAACUUGUUUAUGCCCAAAAGUAUGAUAAGUGACGUUCCAUUAUGUAAGCGUAACCAUUAUUAUGCAGAAAACAAUAGUAGCAAUAGUAGUAGCAUAUCAAGACAACCAUUAGACUGUCAAAGGGCGAUGACUGAAGACAUCCUAACGUCAUCCUUGCAUCGAUAGAGAGGCUCCUGCUCCGCCAACAUGUCCUGCUCAACAAGGACCCUGAUUAACAGCAGGACAUUGACUGACGCAAGUAGAUUGUUCACUAGGUUUGUAAAUGGUGUAAAGACAGGGAGGCUUUUGUCUGAUUUUCAGUCACUCUGCAGACCUGACUCAGACUUUGUUGAUUCGUCAAUAAAAGUCUU